GUUGAACGUGGUGUGAUAGAGGGAACUUUUUCCAAGUUAAGAGGGGUUAAUACCUUGUCAGAUCAGGUGUCUGCUUCCGAAUGUACACAGAAGCAGAAGCUAGGAAAUUAGGAGUGGUUGGCUGGGUUAAAAAUACCAGCAAAGGGACUGUAACAGGCCAGGUACAGGGUCCAGAAGAGAAAGUAAGUGCAAUGAAAUCCUGGCUGACUAAAGUUGGAAGCCCAAGUUCUCGCAUAGACCGAACAAACUUUUCUAACGAAAAGGAGAUUUCCAAGCUUGAUUUCUCAGGAUUUAGCACUAGAUACUAAUGAAGGAAAAUAUCGCUAAAGACAAAAUGGUGAUGUUUCUGCUGCAUGAUUUUUCUGUGCCUCCAUAAAAUUGCACAAGACCAUUUUGAUGCUUUCUGUGCUAGAGAUAAGUAUAAAUGGUCUCUAUAUAAUGCAGGAAUUCUUAGUUGCUCUAUAAGUCUCUACAUGACAUGAAUGAUAAUAUCUAAUACCUAAAAUGUUAAUGUCUCAAACUAGACAAAACAUUAAAAGUAUCAGUGACUAUUUGUGCACAAUGAGACUUAUACAUAAAGACACAGAACCUAAUCAUUACGCUGUAAAAGAUUGAUAUUUCAGGUGCAAAAUAACCCAGUUGUGUUCUCCUCUUUGUAAUUUCAUCAAAAAUGUUUAAAAAGUUGCACUGUAAACAGAACUGGAACAUGGAAUGAUAUAUUCUAACAGCUCUGUAUUGUAAAUUAUAUUGUUUGUAAUAGUAAAAAUGUAGCAAUAAUCUGUAAUAAAUGUACAUUGC